CGAAUCGUAAACAUCAUAGUACUGUCGCUCCGUAAACUUUUCCAAAAAUAAAUAGUAUUUAGCUGCAGUUCUCACGAAAACUUACUUCUAAUUGACAAACUAAGUGUAAAUAAAGUGGUGGAAAUAGUAGUUGUCGUGCAAACAUUGAAAUCUACACAAAUAAGUGAAAGAAAACUGUGUGAUUUUUUGAGGUUAAGUUUCUAAGCAUAGACAAACGGAAGCUUGAACUGUCAGUGACGAAUAACCGCCCUAGUGUCAUCUCGAGUGUUGCCAGCAAUUAAAAUCGGCUUACCCCAUUACUACCAUUACGUUCCAUUCUAAGCAAACAAAAAUAAAUACAAACAUGGAAGCCCAGUUUGAACUCUAUUUCGAAAAAAUGCAAAAAGAGAUGCACGCUCAAACUGAAGUUAUUACCACGAGAAUAACGGAAACUAUCGACACUAAAUUAAAGCCAUUAAUAGAAGAGAAUGAUAAAUUAAAGAAAAAAGUUGAUCUGUUAGAAAAAAAAGUGGAAUUCAUGGAGAAAGAGAAGAAAAGUAACAAUAUAAUAAUACACGGGCUAUGCGAAAGCGAAAAAUCUACAACUGAGCUAAUAAAUCAUGUACAAGAAAAGUUCCUGACGGAGUUAAAUAUAUCAUUAGAAGCUCUCGACAUUAACAAAAUCUAUCGCAUCGGUAAAAAUAAGAAAGACGAUAAACCAAGGCCAACACUCCUAUCUUUUGUGAGUGGAUGGAAAAAGACAGAAAUAAUGAGGAAUAAGAAUAAAUCUAAAGAACUAAAGCUCACGGAAGAUUAUUCCAAAGACAUUUUAGAAAGAAGGAAGGCAUUAAUGCCACAACUAAUGGAAGAGAGGAAUAAAGGCAAUGUUGCGUACAUUAAGUAUGAUAAAUUGAUAGUGAAAGAAGCUACUAACACAAAAGAAAACAGGAAGAGGGAACUAUCAAUUUCCCCAUCAAAUAAUUCGCAGCCAAAAAAACAGCAAACCGCUACCCCACCAAUUAAUAAAAAAACAAACGCAUUCGACCUGAUGAGAGCUAGAUCUAGCUCAAAUUCCAGUGAAUAUAUGAGGCAGCGGUCAUCAAAUGAGCCGGACAAUUCAUCAUAGCAACUACCAC